UGUUAGCACGUAAUAGUAUAAAUUUGUACUGCAAUAAUACAGUUUACAUGCAUAAGUAUAUGGACGAUGAUAUAAAAUUGUAUCUAUUGUAUUCUAACCACCGUGCACGGAUCAUAAGUGAAUAUUGAUUUUUAUAGUUCGAACUGAUGUUUUCCGGUGAAUUACAAUUACAUAAUUCGUAGUCAUCCAUAUUAGAAAAUGUUUAAUCGAAGAGCCAUAAGAUCGUUGGAAAGUUUAGCUGGCAUGAUCUGCAAUACCAGAAAAAGUUUAUAUGUAAUUAGCUACAGUACGUGUUCCAGGCGAUGUUUUAGCCGUAGUUCUAAUUACAACAGACCAACAGAUACCCUAGAGCAUCAUAAUGAACCUGGUCUUAAGUCGCCAUUUAAAUUGUGGUGGGCCAAAGAAAUCACACCCGAUAUCCACGUUGCAGGAAGGCUAACAGCGCGACAAAUCAAAUAUGCAGAAGAGGGGGGAUUCCAGAGUAUUGUCUCACUGUUUACACACGGAUCUCAGAAAAGAUUGGGUGAUGACGUUUUGCCAAGCACAGAAGAAACUUCAAAAAUGAUCAAUUCGCUAUGUAAUCUUCAAUUUAAAACAGUUCUUGACACCGAGAAGCGGAAAUCUUGGAAUCCUAAGGCUGCUGUAGACGAACUAGAACAUAUUCUAACAGGAUUAAAGAAACCAAUCUUACUUUUUUCGGAAACAAGUCGAGCUGCUGCCUUUGUAACACUUAUGUAUAUUGCAAAGCAAACAAAGGUCAAUUCAGAUUUCGAAACUCCCCUCAACAGUGAAAGAUUCUACCGUAUUGGGGCUAGCAUGGGUAUGGAUUUUACCUCGGAUUUCUACAAAAAAAUUGUUAGUGAAAUCACUGGAGAACCAAUAGUUCACAUUCCAUCAGCACCAAAUGCAGAACCAAGGUCUUGGAUAAAGUACUGGCAGGCUUAUCCGGUUUACAGAAACUGGUUUACUGCUGGCCAAAUGAUCAAACCAACAUUCUCGGUCGUCGAAGAAGCUGGAUUUUCUUCUAUCGUUAAUUUAAGAGCGGGGGUCACCUUUUGUGAAAAUCCAAGCCAAGAAGAGGUGACACUGCUAAAUAUAAAGGAGGGCACUGGAACUUAUGGCACAGAAGUAAAUAAGCCUCGGCAAAACCUGGAAAGGCUUAAGGAAACGAGAAUCGAUCCCCUAAAAUCAAAUCUGUAUAUUUCUAAAACUUCUGAUAAAAACUAUGAAAGCCGUAAUGAGGACGAAUUUGGAGACGAUGUUGGUUAUAACGAAACAAUAGAAAGGGAUUAUUUUAAGCAGUAUGGAAAAUUCCAAUAUUUACAUUUACCCGUAGCUAUAAACAAACCCAUCACUACAGAAGUCUACGCACGUCACCGAGAUAGUCUGUUAGAAAUGGGAAGAAAGGGACCGGUCUUAGUUCACUGUAUCAAGGCCAGAAGAGCUGGAUUGUUAUCUAUUCUUGCUGCAGCGGAACAGUAUGAUAAAGACUUGACUUGGGCGUUACGUAGAAGUAGAGAAUUGGGCUAUGAAGUAUCAGAAGAAAAAAGUCCAACGGUUUAUGAAAUAUAUUUGAAUGUUCUAGGACGACAUGGUUCCACUGAUGUAUAGAUAAUCUCUGGUGAUAAUCUUUACUCUGACAUAAUAACUGAUUGUGCACACAUUAUUGCACUAUACGAGAAAGGUUUGCAACUACAUGUCAUAUUUUAUCAUGAUUUAUAAUUAGAAGACUAAAGGAAUUAAAAUAUGGAUUGCUUUCGGCAGAUAUAUGCUCAUUUUAUUGUAAACUAUACACUGCAUACAGUCCUUAAGUUUCGUCAAUAAGAUCCUACUCCAUCAAGAAUUUUUCGGCCAGAUUUGGUUCAAAUUAUACCCGUAUGGGUGAUUUUCUAUUACUGAGAGAAUGCUAUCGUUGCUAAGGAAAAUGUAUCAUUUUUACUAGCAUGUAUUACCUGGUAACGUGAAUAAACCAGUCCAAAUCA